AUGUCUAUUAAGUUAGUUAUAAGAGGGUAUUCGGUGAACGUUAUUAGUGCUUACGCUCUUCAAGUAGGUAUAGACGAGGGGGAGAAGAAGGGUUUUUGGGAGGUUUUAGAUGAGGUAGUUAGGGGCGUCCCGAGAACUGAGAAUCUUUUCAUAGGAGAAGACUUUAAUGGACAUAUUGGGUCUUUGAUGAGAGGUUAUAAUGAUGUGCAUGGCGAUUUUAAUUUUGGGGAGAAGAAUGAAGGAGGAGCUUCUCUUUUGGAUUUUUCUAGGGCUUUUGGGUUGUGGAUAGCAAAUUCGAGAUUUUUGAAAAAGGAGGAUCACUUUACAUUUUGUAGUUCAGUAGCCAAGACUCAGAUAGACUUUUUGCUUCUUUGGAAGGGUGAUAGAGCAUUAUGUAAAGACUGUAAAGUCUUACCUAGUGAUAAUAGGGUGCUUGGAAGAGUAGAUGGGAUAUGGAUAGUAUGUGAGAGAUGA